UAUUGUUAUAAAGUUAACAUUUUGUUCGAGUCAUUUAUAUGACCUGUUAAUACUUCAUAUCAUAAUUUUGCAUUUAUAUCAUGCAAUUAAAUGUAAAGUCAUCGAGUUCAUCAUUAUAACUUUAGUUAAACCAGCGGUAGUGUUGACUCGAAUUAGGUAGCCGAUUUACUAUUUUGCAAUGUAAUUGUCGUAGGUUUGUUAUAUCUCCCGGGCUUAGAUUGAAUAAUUGACGUGUCCGUACGCGCAUGCGUCUUUAUUACGACCAGAAGUGAGCUACGACUGUUCGAAGUCUGACGAAGGUGUUUCUUUGGCACUCGCCGUCGGCACUCUCUAGUGAUCAGUGUUUAGUUAAAUAGUGCACUUUAUACGAUCGUGUGCAGUCGCCGGACAUCAUAUUUUAGUCUAGAAACUACUCAAAACAGUUUGAAAGUUCCGUUGGCAUGGAACGGGAUUGGCUGAAAGAUGGUUCUUAUACAUCCCUCGAACAGGGAUUCAAAAAUAUGACAAUAUUGAAAAAAAAGAAUGCAAAAAGAGUAAUCCGGUUCAGGGGAAAAGCUCGGAGGAGAUUAGAACCUUUUCUUAAUCAGUAUGUAAAGAACACACACAAGGCUUUUGCAGAAGAGAGGACUUUUGACGAGGCGUUUAAGCAAUUCCCAGCAAUAAUGCCUACCGUCAACUCUGAAGAAACCGCUCUGUUGAGCCUGCUGCCAAUCGACAGUAUGGAUGAUAUCGAGCUGAAGAACAUCCAACUCCAGUUUCCGAGCGCACGUCGCUUCAGCGACAGCUCCUGCCAGGAGCUGCGCGUCCAUACCGACCGCGGGGACAUCAUGGUGGCCGUGCAGGGCGACCGAUCCAAGCCCGCCAUCCUAACCUACCACGACAUCGGCUUGAACUAUACGAGCUUCCAGCCGUUCUUCAACUACGUGGACAUGCGCGCCCUUCUCGAGAACUUCUGCGUGUACCACGUGAACGCUCCGGGCCAGGAAGAAGGGGCCCCGACUCUGCCCGAAGAUUACGUAUACCCCACCAUGGAGGAGCUGUCGAACCAGCUCAAUUACGUGAUGGUCCACUUCGCCAUCAAAAGUUUCAUCGGCUUCGGUGUAGGCGUAGGAGCGAACAUCCUCGCAAGAUUCGCCCUCAUCAAUCCUGAGAAAGUUGACGCUCUAGCCUUGAUCAACUGCUCGUCCACCCAAGCGGGCUGGAUCGAGUGGGCCUCGCACAAGAUGAACUCACGCGCGCUGCGUUCCCGCGGCAUGACGCCCGCCGUAAUCGACUACCUCAUGUGGUACCACUUCGGCAGGUGUCCCGAGGAGCGCAACCCGGACCUGGCUCAGAUGUACCGCACGUACUUCCGGCGGCACGUGAACCCCGGCAACCUGGCCAUGCUGGUGGAGAGCUACGCGCGGCGCAGCGACCUCGGCAUCGCACGCGACUCCGCCUCCAUCCGCGCGCCCGUGCUCAACCUCACCGCCGCGCUUUCGCCGCACGUCGACCAGACCGUCUCGUUCAACGCGCGCCUGCACCCCGCCAACUCCACCUGGAUGAAGAUAUCCGACUCCGCCAUGGUGCUGGAGGAGCAACCCGGCAAGAUCUCGGAAGCCUUCCGUCUGUUUCUGCAGGGUGAGGGCUACGUGGCGCCACUGUCGCCGACGAAGAUCGUCGCGUUCCGGCGACUGUCCGACGCGGGCCGGCGCCGCGCCUGUCGCCACUCGCCCGUCAUCCGCAUCACCGAGAAUCCCAUCUCCGAGGCGGUCGUCUGCUAAGCUGCCGCCCGACCUCCGCCCCCGCCCCCGCCCCGCACCCGCCACACCCGCCACACCCGCACCGUGCACCACUCGGCUCGCGCGCGCUCACAACACGUUACUUGCACAUCGUUUCGUUCGUUCAGGCUAGAAAGCGUUUAAUUUCCAAAUCUCGACAAGCAUAUCUGAUUUUCGUCAAUUAAUAAUUUUUGAUCGAUUUAUAUUUUGGAUUAAGGUUAAGUUUACUCGUUCGGAUUAGAUUUAGGCGACUCGCUUGCGGCUCGAGUAGCGUUACGUAUAGGAGCUUUAAUUAUUUAUUUUAAUUUAAUUUAGUUAAGUAGGAAUAUCGCAUUCCCCGUCGAAGUAUUAUGGAGGUCGGUAGAGGUGAACGGUAAGGUCCGCUGCUGGAACGUAUAAUUGUAAGUGUACAUAUGUCGGAGGGACAACAGCUUAGGUUAGGAAGUAUGAGAGUGAAGUCGGAGGGCCGGCCGGCAGUAGGCGAGCGGCACGGGUCGACGCGCCGUUCUAUAUCACUACGGUAACUUUUGAGACCAUUUUACUACAAUCAUGAUUAAUCUAUACAUUUAACGUCGACUACUCGUAUACGACAUACGGAGCGCACAGGCGGACACGACGACUCUUGCGCGUGGCGCGUCGGGCGCGUCUGUGUCUGUGCUGUGCUGUGUAAGACCAAGACAUUUUUGACGAUUCAUUGUUCGAAGUAUUGUUAUAGUUCGCUGAUUUUUUUACAAAUAAUAAUUUAUCAGGUGUCAGGAGCGCGUUUCGUGGUCCGAUGUUUUAUACCGAGUCACAGCAUCCGUUGGAUCAGUAUUCGUUAUUAGUCGAGCGUGUUUCCCGAAGCGGACACGUAUAGUUGUGCGCACUCGCUUGAAGCAACCGAGAGUGCGACUUAGUGGGAGCCGUUGGUUCCUCUCGUAGCUAUUCCGUAGCUAUUCCGUAGCUAUACCGUAGCUAUACCGUAGCUAGUCAGAGUAGUGUUAUCGCCGAGUGACGCGAAGUGACGCGCGUUCGCGAACUACUUUCCCGGCAAUUCUUGAAGCUUCGUAGAAGUACACUUAUAUAAAUAUUAUAAAUUAAUUUUUAGAAUCUCAAUUUCCUAAGCUGUUUUGUUUUUAUAUAUUAUGUUAAAUUGUGUGACUUUAUUAUGAAUACAAUAAAAUGUGAUU